CAGAUGUGUGUGUGUAAAUGUUAACAGAACAGUACAUUCAUAAAAAUCAAGUGCAGCCAGUACAUUCGUAAGGAAUUUAUUAGCUUAGGCUUAUUGCGGCAAACUACAUUUCACUACAUGAAGAUCAGAACAGACAACUCCAAGAAAAAAAGGCAGAGUGGAGUUAUGCACUAGCAAACAGAAAUUUCAGGGUAGUGGCAGAUUAAAAUUUCAAAAUGCACGUAAUCCUAUUUUGCAGGUCGAAAACAGUACUGAGUGCAGGAAAAAAAAAAAAAAACAGAGAUGGCUUUGCACGCCCUCGACUUCUUUGCUUGUAACGACACCCGGCCUUGGCUGCAAACCGAACGGCCUUCUCCAGCCUGGCACCUCAUCAACACCGCCGCGAUUUCGACAGAUAAGCGCGGAUGAACGUAAUAAAUAAACGGAGAACUGGAACCAUACUGAGCCAUAUUUGUUUCCGCGGGGGAGCGCACGGUCGGAGCACGCGCUAAUCGCACUGUAGAAGCCGGUGAAGAUGAACAUGCGCAGCCUGCGCGCGGUUAAACCCCUCGAAAGGUUUCUGUCGGCCAGAUGUGUUGGAACUCGUGCGCACGGUGUGCGGAAGCUCAGCUCCACAUCUGGCUCUUACCCCUUAGUGUGCAUUGUUGGGGGUGGGCCGGCAGGGUUCUACACAGCUCAGCACCUACUCAAGAGCCACCCAGAUAUACAUGUGGACAUCUACGAGCGCCUGCCCAUACCCUUCGGCCUUGUGCGUUUCGGCGUUGCACCUGAUCACCCAGAAGUCAAGAACGUCAUUAACACUUUCACUCAGACUGCUCAACACAAGCACUGCUGCUUCUUUGGCAAUGUGAACAUUGGCAGAGACGUGAGCGUGAAAGAGCUCCAAGAAGCUUACCAUGCAGUUGUUCUGAGCUAUGGCGCUGAGGCCAAUCGGCGUCUAGGCAUCCCAGGCGAAGACCUGCUUGGUGUGUACUCGGCCAAAGACUUUGUCGGCUGGUACAAUGGGGUUCCCUGCAACAAAGAUCUACAGCCCGACCUGAGCAGCGACACUGCAGUGAUUCUUGGUCAAGGAAACGUUGCCCUGGAUGUGGCCCGGAUGCUGCUUUCACCUCUGGAUAUUUUGAAGAAAACAGAUGUCACACAGCCCUCUCUUGAAGCCCUGGCAGCCAGCCACGUACACAAGGUCCUGAUCGUGGGAAGGCGAGGACCGCUGCAGAUGGCUUGCACAAUAAAGGAGCUCAGAGAGAUGGUGAAUCUCCCAGGGACCAAACCAGAUAUGGUGACAGCUGAGUUUGAAGGCAUUGCGGAGGCACUGAAAGAGCUUCCGAGGCCAAGGAAGCGACUGACGGAGCUCCUGCUUAAGGCAGCCCAGGGGUCAGCAGGGUCGGCACAGGCCACCCGUCAGUGGGGAUUCCGUUUCCUGCGGAGUCCAGUGGAGAUUCGGCCCUCAUCAGACGUGACCAGGACCGCUGGAAUUCGGCUGGCUGUCAACAGGCUGGAGGGCUCUGGUGAAAACGCCCAGGCCGUGCCGACGGGGGAGGUGGAGGAUCUACAGUGUGGUUUGGUCAUCAACAGCAUUGGGUAUCGGAGCCUGCCGAUUGAUGCCACGGUACCCUUUGACCCCCACAAGGCUGUCAUCCCAAACACAGUGGGCCGAGUGGAACAGGUGGCUGGUUUAUACUGCAGUGGAUGGGUGAAGCGUGGUCCCACGGGGGUGAUUGCUACCACCAUGAAUGACAGCUUUGACACCGCUCGCGCGCUGCUCCAGGACAUCGAAGCCGGACUCCUUAAGCUAUCCACCAAAAAGUUGGGAUCGAAGGCCAUCGUCACCCUGCUGGAAAAGCGAGGGGUGAAUUCAGUGUCUUUUUUGGAAUGGGAGAAGAUUAACGCAGAAGAGGUCAAAAGAGGCGGGAGAGCUGGCAAACCCAGGGAGAAGUUGUUGGAUGUUGAAGAAAUGAUAAAGAUAGCCAAAACCUGAGGGCAUGUGAAUACUGUACACAUAGACGGAUAUUCACGUUUUACUUCUAGCAAAUCACCAUUCCAGGAGUUAUGGAAAAUAAAUAUAAUGGGUAUGAUAAGUAAAUGAAUACAUAAAUAGUUAUUUUUUUAGUUAUUCGUUAUGUAAUUAUUCAUUGAGCCAAAUAUGUGCUGUUUUUGUAGGGUUUCUGUAAUGUGUUUAGUAUGUGAUUUGUACUGAGAUGCCAUGUUUACAGAUCUAUUAAUAAAAAAAAAAUAAUUUCAAUGGAAAA